UAUAUGCCACAUUGUACUUUUACAUGCACUGAAAUAGAGAUGGAAAUCCCCUUUUUGAGUUCAGUCUCACCUCAGGCCUGUUACAAAGAUCUUUUGUCCAUUGCAUGCAACCACUAUUGCAUUCACAGUUGCAUUGCAUACAGUGCAUUGUAAGCUUGGGUUUAGUGUUGCAAAAAUAAAUGUAUUAAAACAUACGGGUACUGACAAAUAUCAGAAAUAGUGUAAUAAUCCUGGUGCAUGCAACAACCACAGAAAAGGUUGUCUUAUUGUAAUGCUAUAUUACUUCCUAUACAGUUCAGACUAUUUGACUCAAUUCAGUCACUGCAUUUGUUUUUGAUACCUGACAAUUACUAUAAAAUGUUUACCACAACAUUAUGAGGCAUUUUGACCCUCACAGGAUUAUAAUAUUAUCAAUUAUUGAUGCUGUUAUCUUGAAUGCAUCCAAAUUACAUCACGUUUACAACUUCUAACAUUUCAGGAGUAUGAUCUGGAUUCAGAGUGCAGUGAAGAAGGAAAAGGUGGCGGAGGCAUUCACAGCUCUGUGUCCCUGGAAAUCUAUGGUCUGCAGAGGGAGCAGCAUGUUUACUUCUCCAACCAGGAGUACUACAGGAGGCUGGAGGAGCUGAAGAACGCUCACCUGAGGAACAUGGCUGAGCUGGAGAGGAUGUACAUCAGUCAGGGCAGGGAGUGGCACGGAGAGGAAGAUGAUAGAGGUGUGGCAAGAGGAAGAACCAGAGAGGCCAGACAGUCAGUCAGUAGCUGCCCCACCAGGAAACUCCAGAGGAUCAAUUCUCAGGAGGAGUUGGACUUCAAUGAGACAUCAAGUGGCUCUGACCAAUCAGAGCUCUGUGGAGAGGACAGCAUGGGGGAACUGGAACUGGACAGUCGAAGACGGAGCCCUGGCCAAGACUGUACCUUUGGGAGGUUUGUAGCACACAUUCUUAAAUCUUGCUGUUGCUUGGAAGCCCAAAUGAGGAGGCAGAGAGCAAAAUUACAUUGUGCUGUCACAUUUCAUUUUUCUCUGUUUUUUCCCCAGCAACAUCCUGCUGAGCCCAGAAGAAAUGACAACCAAGAAACAGUUUCGGUUCCAGCCCAAAGUCUUGUGUACAAAACCGCAGGGAAGAUUGUCCCGUAAAACUGAGGCCAGGGUUCGGUCCAACUCUAAGGUGACCGUGCCCAAACCCUUCCAGAUGAUGCUGAGAGAAGAGGAAAGGAAGAGGCACAAGGUGCGGACGCGCUCAGAGAUUGAGCUGGAGAACACGUUACUGAGACAGGAGCUGGAGGAGCUCAGAGAAUGCCAGAAAAAGUUCCGGGCGUCACCUGCACCAGUGCACAUACACCUGCCUCUCUAUGAAAUUAUCAGCCGUCGCUCCACUCAGCGGUUCAACAAACGCAGAAGCAGCAGUAACAACUGCAACCAUGGCUCCAAAAAGCAACCAGGCCUCUGUUGCAGCCUCGCCACAGCCUUUCCAUUUCCUGGAGAGAGAGAGGAGGAAGAGGGAGGCGAAGAUUGUGGCAGAGCUGGGCAACCUUGGUGGCAAAGAGGAGCGACAGGCCUUCAAGGCUAGGCCCAUGCCCAGCUCAGUGUACGGCACCAGGCACAGAGCAGACUCCAAGACCACAAGCCGCCAGUCUCUAACAAUCUGCACACUGGAGAGGGAGGCCACGGAGGGCCAAAGUGAUCCAAACUCUGACCUGGAGCAGGAGGUGCUCCAGUGCAAGUCUCCUGAUUCCUGGAGGCCUCAGAGAUGUCCUGUCCUCCAAGCCAGUGAAGAAACAGAUAGAGCUGUCCAUUGAGAUGGUGAAGGAGAGCGAUUGGUCCUUCAUUGACCCAGCCACUGCCUGCUCACCUCUGGAGCCCAGCAGUCCAGGGCCCUCCGCUCUCUAAGAAGACUGACUGCAUAAGUGUGUGAUGGACAGUGUUUAUAAAUCAAAGAAACCAGCAAAAGGGAAGAAUAGCUACAACUAUACUGUUUUUGUGGUAGAGGUGUUUUACACUGCAAAGAUGUCAUCAAUUUAUAUGUUUUGUAGUGUAAUUCUUUAUCGAGCAGCAGUACAUGGUUAAAGUAAUACACACAGAUGGUUUUGAGUGCUCUAAGUCCAAUAGCAAGGUAUGUGUUGUUUUCAUAAUAUAAUGUAUUGAGUUACUUUUAAAGCUCUUGAAAGGUACCCUGUAGAGGCACCCAAAAUUACAUUGUUUCUCACCAGAACAUAUUGGUUGUAUCUUAUAAGCCAGUUGAAUGCAUUUCCUUCCCUAUAAAACAUUAGCACAGGUAGUUCACAGUAGAUUUAGGUACUACACUUGCUUUCCCUCUGAAAACCAUUGAAAAGACUGUAUCACACCACCACCUUUAAUGUCAGCAUAAGUCUUUGAAAUACACAGUUAAU